AUCUUGGACACGUGUACGAGCAAAAUGAACAUACACAUUAUUGUAUAUUUUUAUUUGUAUAAGCAGAGCAACAAUCCUGUGCAUCUCAUCCACACCCUUUCCUCCACCGACUUGGCCGGAGAUUUUUUCGUCAACGGAGAGUUUGAGUAUAUGAAUGCUUGAUUGCUUAUUGGAUGAAGUAGAGGGCUUCAAAAUGUCUUUCCAAGAAAAAGGGUUUUGGAUGGGAAAAAGUGGUGGACAUCUUGAUGCAGAAACAUUAUUCGGUAGUUCAUCCACAAGUGAAUCGAAACGUCCUCAUCAUUGGUUUGUGGAUGCUGCUGAACAAGAGUUGUUUCCUAGCAAGAAGCAAGCAGUUGAAACUCCAAAUAGCAAAUUCACCUCAGAAAUUCCUACUGGAAGUCUUCCUUGGGAUACUGGAACUGGUUUUCAUUCUUCACCUAAUCAGUUCAUUGAUCGGCUAUUUGGAAGUGAGACAAAUAAGUCUGUAGGCUUCAGUGAAGGAUAUGUAUCUCCUAUUGCAAGAGAAAAUUCCAACAAUCAGUCCCCUGUCAGCUUGUCUAUGACCUAUGGUAUUGAAGCCCCUAAUUCCUGUCUCAGCUAUGGUGGUAUUCGUAAAGUGAAAGUUGACGAGGUUAAGGAUUUAAAUAGUAUAGUUGAACAAUCAUUUGAACGUAGCGGUACAUGCUCAGAACAGGUCUACAACCGGAUGAAUGAGAAUAGUUUUAUAACGAUAGGACAGGCUUUUGACAAGGAUGAAUCUAUUUCAUCAUUGGGUCAGGCGUACAAGGGAGAGGCGGAUAUUAGAUCUAUAGAUUUGGUGUUUGGUAAGGAUGAUGACAAUUCCAUGGGACCUAUUGAUUACUCCUUCGACAAAGUGAAUAACAAUACCAUAUCUUUUGAGGUGUUUUCUGAUGUAUCUGAUAAUAUGGCUAAACCAAUAAACAGUUUCAACUUGCUACCCAAUCCGUUGUCUGUUGAAACGUCAGAUGCACCAGUAGAAAAGGCAUUAGCUGCGCCAAAUCCUUAUCCAUUGAUGAAUGCUUCUCAAGCUGGUAAACAGAGAAUUCAGGUUAUGGCCAAGACUAAGUCGGAGCCUAAACAAGGUAGGAAAGAAGCUCCAAACAGUUUUCCUUCAAAUGUCAGAAGCCUGAUAGCAACUGGUAUGCUUGAUGGUGUGCCAGUGAAGUAUGUUGCUCUGUCACGAGAGGAGCUUCGCGGAAUUAUUAAAGGUUCUGGUUACCUCUGUGGAUGUCAGUCAUGUAACUACUCAAAAGCACUCAAUGCUUAUGAGUUUGAACGUCAUGCUGGUUGCAAAACAAAACACCCUAACAAUCACAUAUACUUUGAAAAUGGAAAGACUAUAUAUCAAAUAGUCCAGGAGCUGAGAAGCACUCCUGAAACUUUGUUGUUCGAUGCAAUCCAAACUGUAACUGGUUCACCCAUCAAUCAAAAAGCCUUCCGCACCUGGAAAGAAUCAUUUCAAGCGGCAACUCGUGAGCUCCAGCGUAUUUAUGGGAAGGAAGAAUUGAAUAUCUAGGACUUGAAGUAUCAGUAACUGUGAUGGCUGUAAGAGCAACGGGAAAACAAGGUGCUGCAGCAGCAUGCACACCAGCUCAUAGUUUUUGUAUAUGCAUGUAAAUUCGGCAUCUUUUACCAAAUUUUGCUUUUUAAUAGUCUUUAUGGAUGCUCUUUAUAUAAACUAGAGAAAUGUUAACUGUUUUACUAUGGUGAGUUCAUAAAAGGCUAAUGGAGGCAAUUUUUGUCUACAUGGAGAAUUAUGUCUCCCAUGUGGGGUUUUACUUGUA